AGGACCAUGAGCUCCAGUGAAAGAAGCCUUAUAUUGUAUAACAUAUUGAUUAAGAUUUUCCACAGCAUCAUAAAGGUGUGCAUUGAAGGCUCUCAUCUCCAUGGCUGCACAUACGAUUAAUGAUUCAUGUUUGAUAAAGAGAAGUCGUUGGCUAUAAGAACCGGCAGAGAUGCUAUCACUGCAGAAGGAGGAUGAGAAGAUGGACUGACUCAGCUUACAGUUUAGAGGUGAGCUCAGACAGACGUGGAGGCCAACGUUUCUUAGUGAUCAGUGAGCCGCUGGUUCAGAUCCCUGCAGGAGAGACUCUGAUCUACAGGCUGACCUGAAGACACCAGCAUGGAGGGCGCGGAGGGCGCGGAGGACGGCGUCGCUGUGGUUGGGAUCGGAUGUAACUUCCCUGGAGGAGAAGGUCUAGAAAAUUUCUGGAAGGUUCUGGUCAAUGGGAGAAACUGUUCUGUCCCAAUUCCUAAAGAACGCUUUGACACGGAGAGCUGGUACGACCCUGAUGACACCAGAGCGGGGAAAACCCGAACAGCAAGGGCGGCACUUAUGGACGGGUUUAAUGAAUUUGACCACAAGUUUUUUGGCAUCAGUGACAGUGAGGUGGAGCAGAUGGACCCUCAGCAGAAGCAGCUCCUUCAGUGUGUUUACAGGGCUCUGGAGAACGCCGGCAUUCCCAUGGAAAAAGCCAGCGGGACACGAACCGGAGUCUUUUUCGGAAUCAUGAACAGAGAUUAUGAAACCAACGCCGCACACGUGCAUCCCAGCGUGAUCAACCACUGGACCGGCACCGGGCUCGCCAUGAGCAUCGCAGCAAACCGGGUCUCUUAUGUCUUCAACCUCACAGGCCCCUCCCUAUCCUUAGACUCCGCCUGCUCUUCGUCGCUCGUGGCUCUUCAUCUUGCAUGUCAAUCCAUCAAACAAGGGGACUGUGACAUGGCCUUUUGUGGGGGGGUCAACUGCAUCAUUGAGCCAAGAGUGUUCGUAGCGCUCGGUAAGGCCAAGAUGAUCUCGCCUGAUGGAACCAGCAAGCCCUUCUCCAACCGAGCAGACGGAUACGGCCGCGGCGAGGGCUGCGGCGUUGUUCUCCUCAAACCACUCAAAAGGGCUCUCCUGGACCAUGACCACAUCUGGGGUGUCAUCACCAAAACUGCAAUCAACCAGGACGGACGCUCAGUGGUUCCUAUAACCAAACCCUCCAUGAAACAACAAGAGGAGCUGCUUCGCAGGAUCUACUCAGAGCAGGAUAUCGCAGCUGUUCAGUUCAUUGAAGCUCAUGGAACUGGAACUCCAGUUGGAGACCCAACAGAAGCAGAAAGUAUUUCAAAUGUCAUCACCAAAGUCAGGCCUCCUGGUUCUCAGGCCCUGUGGAUCGGUUCUGUAAAGAGCAACAUUGGACAUACGGAGUCUGCAGCUGGAAUAGCCGGACUCAUCAAAGUUCUGCUGAUGAUGAAGCACGAGACCAUUGUUCCCUCAGUUUUCUACUCCGAGGAAGCAACCAGUAUUGAUGUUAAAGCCCUGAACAUUAAAAUUCCUCAAAAGACGGAGACAUGGGAAUGCUCUGGUGCAAGACUGGCAGGUGUGAACAACUUUGGCUUUGGAGGAACAAAUGCACAUGCCCUUGUCACACAGUACCUACAACCACGUGCUGAACACAAGAGCAAUGAGAUGCCAGCAAAGUGUUUUGUUAUGUCUGCAAUGUCUCAGAAAUCCCUCACCAUGAUGAUUGAAGACACCAUCAAACAGCUGGAAGCAGAUAAGAAAGUUGAUCUGGAUUCUCUGCUGUUUACGUCAGCUUGCAGAAGAAGUCACCAACGACACAGAUACCGAAAAGUCCUGAUGGUUUCAUCUGUAAAUCAUCUCACUGAGGAGCUGAGGGCUACAGCUGCAAAGAAUAUCCGUCCAGCCCUCUCUGAUCCGCGGCUUGUGUUUGUGUUUUGUGGAAAUGGCCUGACUUACCACGGCAUGUGCAGCCAGCUUCUGAAAACUCAGCCUGUGUUCAGGAACAAGAUCACACAGAUUUCACACCUUUUCAAAGCUCUGAGCCCUCUUAACAUCGUAGAAACACUUGAGAGUGACUGUGGAGGUAGUGACUCCAAAAAUCCAGACGUUGUCCAACCUCUUCUUUUUGCUAUCCAGGUUGGAAUUACCACUCUUCUCCGACACUGGGGGGUCAAACCCGACGCUGUGCUUGGACACUCGGUUGGUGAAGUCGCAGCUGCUCACUGCUCUGGCCUGUUGUCUCUUGAAGAUGCUGUGAAGGUCAUAUACUUCCGCAGCAUCCUCCAGAGUAAGGUCACUGGCGGUAAGAUGCUUGUGGUCAGCAAUGUGGCAGUGUCAAAAGUUGAGUCUUUCCUGUCUCCGUACUCCAAGAAAGCGUGCCUUGCUGCCUUUAACAGCCCACAGUCUUGCACCGUCUCAGGUGAUGCAGACGCAAUUGAGGCCCUCCAAGAAGACUUAAGGAACUCUGAAAACAGUCAGAACCUUUUCUUACGCAUGCUGGAUGUGCCUGUUGCAUACCACAGCCAAAUGAUGGAUCCAAUCCUGCCAGAAAUAGAGAAGACGAUUGGUACCUUAACAGAACAAGACUUGCAAACGGAGUUGUUUUCCACGGUAACGGGAAGGGAAGUCCAGCAAGGAGACUUCUGUAAGGGAAGGUAUUGGGCAAGAAACAUCCGAGAGCCUGUUGCUUUUGAGCAGGCAGUGAGGUCAGCAACGAAAGAUAAGAAAGGCACCAUUUUUGUAGAGAUAGGGCCAAGAAGGGCACUGCAGAGAAACAUCAUGGAAACUCUUGGGAACAACACAGAAGUUCUUGCUUCAGUGGAGCCACAGAAAGAUCACCAGUCGGUCUUGUCAACUGUGUCAAAACUGUUUGAACUUGGCUUUCAAGUAGACUGGAACGACUUCUACAGAGGUAUCGAGGCAACACUGAUGCCCUUCCCAAGAUACCAGUUUGAUUGCUCUGAUAGAGAUGUCAUCAUUGGAGCAUCACAGAACACCAAAGGAAGUAGUCAUCCCGUGCUCUGUCAGAGAGGAAGUGAAAGCAACAUUUUCAGUUGUGAUCUCACGUCUGAAUCCACCGCUUACCUGAAACAGCACAAACACAACAACAUCCCAAUCGUCCCGGGUGCCUUUUAUGCCGAGUUAGGUUUGGCUUCGUUCCUUGCAAGUGCAAAUCCAAAAGUUCCCCUCAGCUCACUGCAGCUCAGUGUCAGCUUUCACAGUCCUUUUAUUCUAAUGCCGAACUCCCCUGAGAUGAAGGUUAAACUUGUAAAAAAUGAACAGGAGACAAGCUUCACAAUCCACUCCCCAUCUGCAGUGUAUGCAUCAGGUACGGUGGUGUCAAAGACAGAUACAGUUAUUGAGGAGCAGCAGAUUUCUCUGAAUUCCAUCCAGAAACGGUGCACCUCUGUGAUCAACUUUCAGGAAUUUUACAGUUAUUUGUCUCAAGGAGGCUUCCAGUAUGGAGAAGUCUUCCAGAAUAAAGCAGAGGUGCACUAUGGGAAGGACCUGAAGGAGGCUUUGGCAACUGUUUCUGUUUCAGAAGAGCUGAAAUGUCAUUUACACGACUACUGCAUUCAUCCAGUCGUUCUGGAUUAUCUGAUGCAGCUUCUGCCGGUCACAGUGGAGCACAUCUUCGCCGGUAGACCAGGGUUCCCUGCUCAAAUAGGCAGCAUCACUGUUUUUGGACCCCUGAAAAAUGAGAUGGUGAUCUACCUGAGAGCUACUGACGUGGGCUCUGAUCACUUUGAGGUUUGUGGCUGCUUUGCAGACAAGGGGGGUAGAGUGCUGGUAGAGGUAAAGCAUGUCAUCGUCAAAUACAUUGUUGGUCGGGAUCAUGUGGUAGAGGAGUACUUCUACCAUAACACCUUCACUGUUGUCUCUGAGAAGGUUCCUUCCUCUUCUCCUCCCCCAAAGGCUUUGGUCUUCUCUGACCAUUUAGGGAUCUCAGAAGGUCUACAAAAACUCUUACACCAAGACUCUAGAUAUGUUCCCUUCACACAUGCUAAGGAUAUCUUAACUAACGGCUUUUCUUCUCUUCUUGCAAAUCUCAAAAUAGCAAGUAUUGAGAAAACCUUCGAUGAGGUUUUGUUUCUGUGGGGUAAAGAAGACCUCACAUCACUAAAGGCCGACACCGUCCUGCAAAAUCUAGCAAACUGCUGCGAGGUUUUCCGCCAAAUAGUCCUUAAACUGAAGCAGAUCCAGUUCCUCAAGUCAAUCAGAGCAAUCACCUACCGUUCAUCAGACAUCACAGUGGAUCACGUAAGCCCAGGUUUUGCAAUUGCUGGUAUGACCAGAUCAUUUGCUGCAGAGAUACCGGAUCUUUCUGUCCAGCUGAUUGAUGUAAGCUCCGCCUCUCCUGAAGACAUCACAGCUCUGUUUGAAGUCCUGAGAUCGUACCCUUGCAGCAAGUAUCCUGAGUUAGUAGUAAAGGAUGGGCAGAUCUUCAAGCCCUCCAUUGUUCGGACCCAACCAGAAGCCACUGAUAAAACUGAGGCCAGUUAUGGCGCUUCAACUUCUGAUUUUUGCCUUUUUCAAACAGCUGACGCACAUAAGAUGACUCGACUGUCCGCUAUUCACUUUGUCAAGGAAGACGAUCCACUUGAUGAAACCUCUGUGGAAAUUCAGCCCAGCAAGGUUUGCGUUCAUACGUCGGACUACUUCCCUGUAAGUUCCUCACAUCUAACAUUCGGUCAAACUUUGUACUGGAACAAACACUCAUCUCAGAAGCACAGGCUUCUGGCUCUUGACUUCUCUGGUACCGUUACAGCAGUUGGAAAAGAUGUAAAGAAACUAAAAAUUGGAGAUCAUGUUGCUUCUUGUUAUCCUGUUGUAGCAGCUAGCAGGGUUAGGGUCCCAGAGGUCUUGUGCUACAACACCAAGAGGUUCCCAUUCCUCCAGAAAACACCCUGUGUGUCAUACUUUGUGCUAGCAUGGGAGAUCCUGCAUCGAGUCUUGCCCAGAACCAAGCAGAACCUCGGGAUUGUGUGCUCUGUGCCCGAUUCUUCCCUUGUAAAAGUCUUGGCACUUGCCUCUUUCAAAUCAGGCUGGAAUGUGGCGGUUGAUACUCAGUGCAACGGAUCCUUUGCAGAUGUUCGCCAUGUGGAGGCCUUUGUCAUCCUGCCACCGUUUGAUGAAUCUCUGACAGCAAAAGUUUUAAACUUUCCUGGAAUCCAGCAUGCUGUUAUCAUCUGUGACACUUGUAUGCAAGGUUCUGUUCCUCAGGACGUACUGCAGAGUGUAAAGGACAGCGUUGAUGUGCAGACUGUUCAGAUGAAAGACAUCUUGCAAAAGGGACACUUGAGAGCGCACAGGUCCCAGUUUCAUCCAUGGUUGAAGUCUUUGAACCUGAGCAGAAAAUUUGCUCUCAAGAACUUCACGUUUCAGAAACCUGAAGAAUCACGUUCAGAAAAUCCAUCAUCAUACUUCAGCACUAAGAUGCUGCCGGUGGUGGUUUUAGACAAAGAUGGAACGAUGUCUGACAUUCCACUCCUGCCAGCUAAGAGGGAGAUGUUCAGGAGGAGAUCGGUGUACGUGGUAGCAGGCGGCCUCUCUGGUCUCGGUUUUGAAACAGUCAAGUUCAUCUCGCAGAGAGGCGGUAAACACAUUGUCAUCCUUUCCAGGAGCAAACCAACAGCUGACGUUCAGCAGGAUAUAAACAAUGUGGAAAAACAGUGUGGAAAUCGGAUCAGGAGCUUGGAGUGCGACAUAUCCGUCUUUGAGCAUGUGCAGAGGGCUAUUACAACCAUUGGGCAGAUGUUUCCGGGUUGCCCAGUCAGAGGAGUGUUUCACAGCGCCGUCGUCUUGCAUGACGGGCUGAUCGAGACUCUUGACAGAUCCCUGUAUGAGAAAGUCCUAAAACCCAAAGUGAGCGGCGUGUUGAAUUUGCACCACGCCACACAACAGUGUCCGUUAGACUACUUUGUGUGCUACUCGUCUAUCUCAUCAUUCCUCGGGAACGCUUCUCAAACCAACUACGCUGCAGCCAACUCCUUCCUGGACCUGUUCUGUCGGUUCAGGCGCAGACUCGGACUGCCCGGUCAGUCCAUCAACUGGGGGGCGCUGAACCUCGGCCUGCUCCUGAACAAAGAGCAUUUCCAGCGCUUUCUGGAGGCCAAGGGGAUGAUGGUGUUAAACACGGCUGAAAUCCACAAGAGUCUGGAGCAGUGCCUCCUUCUCAACCGACCUCAGCAAGCUGUUUGCAGGUUUCACUUCAGAAACAUCAGAUACAACAUCCUCUCUCAGAACAAAGCCUUGACCAUGCGGCUUUCCGCACUAGUGGAGGAGGCAUUCCAGAGAUCUAGAGAGGUGGAGCCUCAGAUGAGAGAAUCGGACGCCGUCUCGCCUAAGGAGUACGUGUUUUCUCUGGUCUGUGAGACCGUCGGCGUGGACCCGACUGAACUGAGGGAGGAGUCACCUCUUUCUUCCUUAGGUAUUGACUCAAUGCAGGCCAUGACUCUACAGAAUCUGAUCUUUCAGGAGAGGGGAGUGAACGUGCCUCUGGUGAAGCUACUGGAUCCCUCUGCCACCCUCUCAACAGUGAUAGCUUUACUAAGUAAUGAAUCAGAGGAGGGAAAUGUUGGUUCUGUCCCGAAUGAAGACGUGGACGAUGUUCUGACCAGACUGUGAAAGCCACAGGAUCCAAACUGCACAAACACAUGGACUGAUAUGUAGGGCUGGGUAUCGCCAUUAACUUCCAGAGUCGAUUCGAUUCACCAGAACACCAGAAUCUAGAUUGAUUCCACUCAGAUUAUUUUUUUUAUUCUUUAAAUCUACUCAAUUUAACUAAGUUUUGUGUUUAAACAUUUAGACACAUUUGUUUAGAAAUGCAAUAAUGAUCUAUAUAUGUUUUGAAGAUAUUCACAUUAAUCUAUUCACUUACUAUAAAAUGUAUUGAUGAAAUUAAAAUGAGAUUGUUAAUAGCAUUCGGUGUUACAUGGAUUCUCUAACGGAGAAAUUCCAACAAUUGGACAGCGUUUCAGUUUGGCCACCAGGUGGCGAUCGCACUCUAACAUUACACCUUAUUCCAGAAGAAGAAGAAAGUAUGAGGAAAUAACGGUACUUUUGACCGUAAAUGGCUACUUUAAAAAGUAUGCCCUUAAAAGAAUUAGGAAAAUUCCUGCCUGUGACUUCAUAAAGAUGUUCAUUUAGUCAGCAAAGUAUGUUUAAGUCGUCCGAGUGUUAGAAUUAGCCGUCUUAUGGGAAAUUCCAUUAUAUGUUAGCAUUAAGCUAGCAGAUUUUACUACUAUGCAUUAGAUUGAUCUCUACUUUUAUUGAAUGAUUAUCAAUCUAUUCCGUUUUAUUAGUUUUAUCAGCCCAGCUCUACUGAUAUGCCAACAGGUUCUUUAGAUAAUCUCUGACCUAAAAUCAAAGCUUUUACUAAAUUUUACUAAUUUUGUAGCAUUUUAAAUUCUGCAAGAAAUAAUCUCUACAAUAAUAAUAACUAUUAAUUUACCCUUUACAUUCAUACAAUUUUCUUUUGCAUUUUUAAAAUUUUUUUAAAAAAUUAAGGAAUUUUUUAAUAGAAAAUUUACUUUUUAUUUUGUCAAUAAAGCUGUUUUUAAAAUGGGGAAAAGUUCUAUUCUCUGCCCACAUUUUACUACUAUUGUAAUAUAUAAAAAUGUCACAUUGUCACAAAAAACGAAAACAUUUAAGAAAUGUUUCAAAUAUACUUUCAAGUAAAAAUGCAUUUUAAAUUAAAGAAACAUUUUCAUUAAAUGUCAUUUUCUUUUUGCUCAUUGUUGUAUUAGGUGAUCCUCUUCUCUGUUUUAAAGCUUAAAAGUUUGAUAUUUUGGAUAAAAAUUAGAAGAAAAACUGAGCUUUAUUUUUGGCAUUUAAAGUAUUUCUUAGAGCAAGUUAUUUUUAAAAUAAAUAAAAACAGUUUGGCACUUAAAAUAGUUGAAACAAUAAAAUACACGAUUUAAAACAUGUUUUAACUGUUUAACAAUUUGAAAAGAGUUUUUAGAAUAUUCAAGUGUCAAUAAAAACACAAAGUAAACUGUAUACAUAGCAUUUGUCCCUGUAUAAUUUCAUUAAUAAAAUAUUUUUUUAUCUGAUUUUUUAAUCAAUUCAAUAAAUGAAUGAAUUCUUUUUUCUGUUUCUUUGUUUCCUGUUCACACCUGGUUUACAUUAGUAAUCAUCUCAGCUGCUGCUCAUUCUGAACUGCCCUUCAAAACAACCUAUAAA